AUGCACGCAGAGUCGCGAGAACUACCCCAUGGGUGGGCCUCUCUCGAGGAGAGGUAUGAAGUGAUGAAAGAGAUUGGUGACGGUAGCUUUGGCAGCGUUGCUCUCGCACGCGUCCGAACUGCCGGCGCUCACAUCGCACGUCGAGGCACAUUGGUCGCGAUCAAAACAAUGAAGAAGACCUUCGACUCUUUCUCAAGCUGUCUGGAACUGCGAGAAGUCAUCUUCCUCAGAUCACUCCCUCCGCACCCUCACCUAGUGCCUGCUCUUGACAUAUUCCUGGACCCCUACAGCAGACGACUUCACAUUGCCAUGGAGUACAUGGAUGGUAACCUCUACCAGCUGAUGAAGGCGAGGGACCACAAGCCGCUAGAUGCCUCAAGUGUACAGAGCAUCCUUUUCCAGAUUCUCGCUGGUCUCGAGCACAUCCACGCCCGCGAGUUCUUCCAUCGCGACAUCAAGCCGGAGAACAUCCUCGUCUCGACAUCGCAACAGAACGACUCGUCGCAUCCUUUCCGACGAUACUCAGCAAUGAUGACUCCUCCAUCGACACCUCCGGCAUACACCAUCAAGAUUGCCGAUUUUGGACUCGCAAGAGAGACACACUCCAAGCUCCCCUACACAACAUACGUAUCGACACGAUGGUACCGUGCACCCGAAGUCCUUCUACGCGCCGGUGAGUACUCGGCUCCUGUCGACAUCUGGGCAGUUGGUGCUAUGGCAGUUGAGAUCGCAACCCUGAAGCCGCUUUUCCCUGGUGGUAACGAGGUGGAUCAAGUCUGGAGAGUAUGCGAGAUCAUGGGCAGCCCAGGCGGCUGGGUCAACAAGCACGGACAACCUGUCGGCGGCGGUGAAUGGAAGGAUGGUGUCAGACUUGCGCAGAAGCUGGGCUUCUCGUUCCCCAAGAUGGCUCCGCACUCGAUCGACACAAUCCUGCAGACACCGCAGUGGCCUGCCAGUCUGGCGAAAUUCGUCACAUGGUGUCUGCUAUGGGACCCGAAGAACAGGCCGACGUCAACCCAGGCUCUCGCCCACGAGUACUUUCAGAACGCCGUCGACCCUCUCCGUCUCAAGUCAUCGUCUUCGCGCCUGCUAGGUCGCAAGCAGUCAGACUUGUCGACCAAAGACUCCCCCGACGCCUCUCCCAGCAUCACAUCAAAGACUUCGUCGUGGCUGCGUCGAUCCCUGGUUGCUCGCGAGAGUGCCCCGGCAGUUCCUCAGCACGUCACCCCGGUGCAGCAGAUGUCACCUCGCCCAUCACCGCAGCCCAACACAAGCGAGCCCAGCGGAUCGAUCAAGCAACGCCCAAAUCCAGCUAAACGAGCUACGUGGACAAAUGGAGUGCCCAACAACGGUGCUCCCAUUCCCAUCUUGCCUUCGAUUCGGCCCGUGUCCCCUUUACACGCAGAAGUCAAUGCCCAAGCAAGUGUACGCGCCGCCGAUAAAGAGGGAAAAGUUAAGAUUGGACGCCAGCUAUCACUCGCGUCGCAUGGCAACCACUACGCAGACGCUCAUCGCCAGGAAGCAGAGCGAGCAUUGGAGGGUAAGUCAGGACUGGCGUCUCCGGCAAGCGGCCACAAGGAGAGCUUCUUUUCACACCUCCGCAAACGUGCACGACGCCUAUCGGGACGCUAUCCAACCCCCAUGUCGCCUAACUCAGACGAUGUCGAGGCCAACGUGGGCUGUGCACCAUGGGCCGGCUCUGCUAGGUCAUCCUUGGUCGUUGACCAACCACUCCCCGCAGGUCCGACCUCGAAUCAUGACUAUUCUGAGUUGGACAAGGCCCUCGAGCACGUGAGGUGUACCGUCGAGAACAACGCGGCAAAGCAGCGAGUUGCACCUAAUCCGGUACUUAAGAGGCACCACUCCGUGCCCCAUCAUGCUGAGCCCAUCUCCAGCAGGACCAGGCGCGCGGUGCAAAGCAAGUCGAACCCUUCGAACCCUCCCAACAAGUACGAAACCCCCAACGAGGAGGAAGAGCUUCUCAGUGAAGUGCUCGCUUCUGCCCACACGGCCGUGAAGAAGAUGGACAACCCGCAGAAGACACCACACCACGCCCACUCUCACACUGAGCCUACGGCGUCUUAUCUGACUCCAUCGCCUUCCGCCAAUCGCAACAGUGCGUUCAACCAGAACAACCAUGUUACACCUAGUAAGCCCAUGGACAUCUCCAAACCUCAACCAACUCACAACGACAACGUCGCGAAAUGGCCCACACCGCCGGACGAUUCUGACUGGGCUAGCAAUGUAGCAGCGAGCCUGAUGGCAACGCAAUCGCUCUACCGGUAG